AAACUGCGGCCUGAUCGAUGCCCUCUCUUUUGCUUCGUACCCCUGCACGCUGGGAGGGGUGGGGGCGCUUUGUCUGUCGAACACGCUUGCCACCGGGGACCUGUAUCAACGUCUGCUUGCUGAGUUCCCUGAUAUCACCACGCCUACAUUUUCAUCAAGCCUACAGGACGGCCCCCACGGUGCUGCUCAUGGAAGAUGUGGUGUUUGACGCAGCCAACGCUACACUCCUCUGCAACGUCUCCACUGGCCAACCGCGCCCCAUGGUACCUGCUGGCUGGAGGCGUAAGGUUUUUGACUCCAUACACAGACUUUCCCACCCAGGGGUGAAGGCCUCUACCAAGCUGGUGGGGGCCAAGUUCAUCUGGCCUGGCCUGGCCUGCGGAGGGGUCAGGGCCUGGGCUGCUGCCUGUGUGGCGUGCCAGCACGCAAAGGUGACUCGUCAUACCAAGGCCCCUUUGGCACCUUUCAAAGUGCCUGAGAAACGUUUUGAUCAUGUGAAUGUGGACCUGGUGGGCCCACUUCCCCCCUCCCGUGACACCUACCUCCUCACCAUGGUGGACACCACCAGGUGGCCAGAAGUGGUUUCCCUGUCCUCCACUACGGCAGCUGAGGUAGCCCGGGCGUUCAUUAUGGCUUGGGUGGCCCGUUUCGGCACACCGUCCUACCUCUCCUUGGACAGAGGUCCGCAGUUCACAUCGGAGCUUUGGACUGCGGUUGCCGAGGUCCUGGGGGUAAAGGUCCACCGUACCACGGCCUAUAACCCACAGAGCAACAGACUUUGCGAGUGGUUUCAUCUUGACAUGAAGGCUGCGCUAAGGGCCAGCCUUACGGGUGGCGACUGGGCUGACCGCCUCCCAUGGGUUAUGCUUGGCCUUCGCUCCGCCCCCAAGGAAGAUCUUCAAGCCCCAAUCGGCCGAGCUGGUGUACGGCCAGCCUCUGCACGUCCCGGGGGAGUUUCUUCCAGAUGCCACGGCCCCGUGGUCAGUUGCCUCCCAUCGUGCUGUGUCCCGGGACGUUGCCGACGCUUUUGUUCCCAUUCCAACGUCUCAACAUGGCCUCCCCCAGUCCUAUGUUCCCAAGGAUUUACCGUCAGCAAAGUAUGUCUUCAUCCGCCACAAUGGCCAUCGUAUCCCGCUGCAGCCCCCCUAUGAUGGGCCCUUCCAUGUCCUGGUGGGAGGGUCUAAGAACUUUGUUGUGGAU